GAGUUUGACCCGGAAGAGUUUUAUCACCUACUUGAGGCCGCCGAGGGUCAUGCCAAAGUCGACCAGGUUAUCAAGACGGACAUCCCACGCUACAUCAUCAGCCAGCUGGGUCUGACCCGCGACCCUUUAGAAGAGCUUGAACAGUAUGAUGCGAGUCCUUCAGUGACAGUGGACACAGACUCCAGUGUGGAGAAGGUCCCACAGACACUGACACCGACUCGAAGGAAACCUUUUGAGAGUGACUUUGACACAAUCAAACUCAUCAGUAAUGGAGCUUACGGGGCCGUGUAUCUGGUCCGUCACAAGGAGACCCGACAACGGUUUGCCAUGAAGAAGAUAAAUCGUCAGAACCUCGUCCUGAGGAACCAGAUCCAGCAGGCUUUUGUUGAGCGAGACAUCCUGACGUUUGCCGAGAACCCCUUCGUUGUCUCCAUGUUCUGCUCUUUUGAGACACGACGUCACCUAUGCAUGGUCAUGGAGUAUGUGGAAGGUGGGGAUUGUGCCAACCUGCUCAAGAACAUGGGCCCACUGCCUGUAGAAAUGACACGGUUGUACUUUGCUGAAACAGUCCUGGCACUGGAGUAUCUUCACAACUAUGGCAUUGUGCAUCGGGAUCUCAAACCUGACAAUUUGUUGAUAACAUCAAUGGGCCACAUCAAGCUAACGGACUUCGGCCUGUCUAAAAUUGGCCUCAUGAACAUGACCACCAACCUGUACGAGGGUCACAUGGAGAAAGACACGAGAGAGUUUAUAGACAAACAGGUGUGUGGCACUCCGGAGUACAUUGCCCCAGAGGUGAUCCUCAGACAGGGAUAUGGGAAGCCUGUGGACUGGUGGGCCAUGGGGGUCAUCCUCUAUGAGUUCCUGGUUGGCUGCGUCCCAUUCUUUGGAGACACACCUGAAGAGCUUUUUGGACAAGUUGUUAGUG